GCGGCGGCGGCGGCGGCACGUGACCUCCGCGUCAGCUGACCCAUCAUGGCCGGGGACGGAGCCGCCGCUGGGGCUGAGCGCGCCCCCCUCCCGCCCCGCGACCCCCAGGGCAUGGCGGGCGCCCCUGCCGAAAUGGAUUCCCUCCUGCACUGCGUGGAGAGAGACCUGGGCGUCGACCGCUGCCAGCUGAGCCCAGCGGCGGAGGGCUGCCACGUCAUCGCCUUCCUGCCCGCCAAGUGGCUGGCCAGCCUGAAGGAGCGGGCGCUGCUGCCCGGCCCGUGCCCGCGGCCCGAGGGCCUGAGCGAGGUGGAGCUGCGCACCUACCUCCAGCGCUCGGUGCAGAAGCUGCCGGCCGGCUGGACGCGGGUGGAGGUCCACGGCCUGAGGAAAGCGCGGCUGGGCUACCCGCUGGCUGGGGCCCCCGGCGGCCCCCGGGAAGCGCCGGAGACGCUGCACGGCUUCAUGCAGGGCGUGGCCGCCCAGAACUACCGGAACCUGUGGGGCCGGGCGCACCGCCUGUGGGUCCAGCCCUACUGCCCCGCCCCCGCCCCGCCCACCCGCCCGGCCCUGGAGGUGCUGCGCAGCGGCCUGCAGAGGCUCUACGGCUGCCCCCUGGUGCCCCUGGGCCGGGGCGCCUCCCCCUGCCCCUCUCCGGCCACGGAGGAGGGGGCCGCCGCCGCCUCCGGGCGGGGCUGCGCCGGCCUCCUCCCCGCGGAGGCGCUGCUGGAGUCGGCCGAGAUGCUCUACGUCCUCUUCCCCUACGUCCAGCACUGCCUGCACGACGUCGUCGCCUUCAGCCCGGCCAAGCUGGCCAACAGCCACGCCAAGCUGCUCUUCGUCCUCUUCCAGGUGCUGCGGGCCCUGCGGGCUUGCCACGGGGCCGGCGUGGCCUGCGGCGCCGUCUCCCUGCGCGAGGUGGCCGUGGACGAAAAGCUGUGCGCCCAGCUGCGCCUGCGCCUGGGAGACUACGAGCAGAGGCCGGCGGAGGCGGGGGGACCCGCGGCGGCGGCGGCGGCGGAGGAAGGGCCCAGGGGGGCGCCCCAGGGCGGGGACCUGCGGGGCCUGGUGCUGGACUGGGUGGACGGGCGGCUCAGCAACUUCGACUACCUCCUGCACCUGAACCGCUUGGCCGGGCGGCGGCCGGGGGACCCCAACUCCCACCCGGUCCUGCCCUGGGUGGUGGACUUCACGGCCCGCCGCGGGCGCUUCCGGGACCUGCGCAAGUCCAAGUUCCGGCUCAACAAGGGCGACAAGCAGCUGGACUUCACCUACGCCAUGACCCAGCAGGCCUUCGUGGCCGGCGGGGCGGGCGGGGAGCAGCCCCACGUGCCCCACCACGUCUCCGACGUCCUCUCCGACAUCACCUACUACGUCUACACGGCCCGGCGGACCCCCAGGGCCGUGCUCUGCUCCCACGUGCGGGCCCAGUGGGAGCCCCACGAGUACCCGGCCAACAUGGAGCGCAUGCAGGCCUGGACGCCGGACGAGUGCAUCCCCGAGUUCUACGCCGAGCCCGCCAUCUUCCGCUCCGUCCACCCGGACAUGCCGGACCUGGAGGUGCCAGCCUGGUGCGCCUCCGGCGAGGAGUUCGUGGCGGCCCACCGGGCCCUGCUGGAGAGCCCGGAGGUCUCCCAGGAGCUCCACCACUGGAUCGACCUGACCUUCGGCUGCAAGCUGCUGGGCAAGGAGGCCGUCCGGGAGAAGAACGUCUGCCUGCCCCUGGUGGACGGCCACACCCACCUGGCCAGCUACGGCGUGGUGCCGCUCUUCGACCAGCCGCACCCCCGGCGCCGGGCCGGGCCCGCCCUCCUGCCGGCCGAGGCGCCCCUGGCGCCCGGGCGCCGCGCCCCCGCCGCCGCCGUCGAGGAGACGAGGGCCCUGGAGGAGACGGAGGGCCCGCUGGCCGACGGCCCCGGAGGGGUGCCCUUGGAGGCCGCGUCGUGCGAAGGUGGCUGGGCUGCGGCCAGGCUGGGGGGUGGCGGCGUCGGCGUCGGCGUGGAAGAGGAGGUGGAGCAGGGCGCGGAGGCCUUGGAGUCCAUCGCGGCCAGCGCGGGCCCCCGAGGGGCGGAGGCGCCGGGGCCCGGGCCGCCCGCCGACGGCAAGCCGCUGGGCCGGAGGGCCAAGGCCGCCCCGGCGGAAGGCGGCGAGGCCAAGAUUGCCCUCCCGGAGGGCUGCCAGCUGCUGCAGGCCUUGGAGGAGCUGGAGAAGCUGGAGACCUUCCUGCUGAAGGGGCUGCAGGGCGACGGGGCCCGGCCGGAGCGGCCCCCGCGGCAAGCCCGGCCCUGGGGGCUGGCGGAGCUCUUCCAGCGGGACAUGCAGGCGCUGGGGGUCCUGGUGGCGGAGAUCGUCUUCGCCCCCCGGCUGCGCACCCUGGCCCCGGGCGCCGGCCUGCAGGAGCGCUUCCGGGCCGCCCGGCGGCUGUGCCAGACGCACGGCAAGGAGAUCCCGGCCCCGCUGGGGCACCUCCUGGAGACGCUGCUGCAGCUGAGGGUCCCGGCGGAGGCGCUCCCGCCCCCGCCGGAGGGCCCGGGCGGGGGCCGGCUCUUCGCCUUCGAGCCCGUCUGGCAGGGCCUGCCGCCGCCCAGCCCGGCCCAGCUGCUCAGCCCCUUCAGCACCGUCCUGCCCCUGCCGCCCUACUUCCCGGCCCUGCUGCGGUUCGCCUGCAGCUCUCUGCCCUGGGAGGCCGGGGGCGAGCGCCAGGGGCGGGAGCUGGUCUUCCAGCUGUGGCAGCAGCUGGAGGGGGUGCUGAGCGCCAUCACCCCCGAGGGCCUGGAGAUCCUGCUGCCCUUCGUCCUGGCGCUGAUGUCGGCCGAGCGGACGGCCGUCCACGCCGCCUGGUACUUCUUCGAGCCCGUGGCCAGGGCCCUGGGCCCCAAGAACUCCAACAAGUACCUGCUGAAGCUCCUGGUGGCCGCCUACGAGCAGCCCCGCGGCCUGCACGGCCGCUUCUACCUGUACACCGACUGCUUCGUGGCCCAGCUGAUGGUGCGGCUCGGCCUGCCCCUCUUCCUGGCCAACCUCCUGCCCCACAUCCUGCAGGUCUUGGUGGGGCUGGAGCGGCCCGCCCCGGAGGAGAGCAAGGGCCUGCUGCUGGGCCCCGCCGAGGAGGAGGAGGAGGCGGCGGCGGCGGCAGGAGGAGGCAGCCCCGUCUCCCGCUCGUUCGGGGGGGAGAUCCCGGCCGAGGCGGACCGCGGCUGCUCGGCGUCCCUGGAGCUGCCCGACUACAUGUCCGGCAUCAGUUUGCACGACCAGGCCUACCUGUCGGAGAGCGAGGACUUCCAGAACGGCCUCUACGUGGCCGAGGGCCUGCCGGAGCCCGAGGUGCUGAGCGUGGGACGCCUGAGCGACAGGAGCAGCGCCAGCGAAGCCGAGGAGGCCCCGAAGGAGAGAGGCGGCUCCAAGGCCGAGGACGGCACUCGGCAGCGGAAACGCCGCGAGGAAGAGGAGGAGGAGGAGGAAGAGGAGGAGGAAGAGGAAGAGGAGGAGGAGGAGGGGGGUCUGAGGGCGGUGGGGGAGGAAGAGCCCGAUGUGGGGGUUGGGGCCCCUGCGGAGGCGGGCCUGGCCGACAGCGAGGAGGAGGAGGAGGAGGAAGAGGAGGAGGUGGUCGAGGGGCCGGAGCAGGACCUGGCUGACCCCGACGGAGACAAGGAGCAGACCGUCUUGUUGGACACGGCCUGCAGGAUGGUGAAGUGGCUGUCUGCCAAGCUGGGCCCCACGACCACCUCCCGCUACGUCGCCAGGAACCUUCUCCGGCUGCUCACCUCUUGCUACGUUGGUCCCAGCCGGCUGCAGUUUGCGUCCGGCACGGAAGAAAGCAGCCCGCUGAGUUCCGGGAGCAUCUACCAGAGGCGGCUGGUGCUGGGGGACGUGGUCUCCAAGCCGGUGCUGGCCUGCCUCCUGCACAUCGCCCACCUGUAUGGGGAGCCUGUCCUCACCUACUUGUACCUGCCCUACAUCAGCUACCUGGUGGCCCCUGGCAGUGGGGUUGGAGCCGGCCGGCUGAACAGCCGCAAGGAAGCCGGCCUCCUGGCCGCCGUGACCCUGACCCAGAAGAUCGUCGUCUACCUCUCGGACACCACCCUGAUGGACAUCCUCCCCAAAAUCAGCCAGGAGGUCCUUUUGCCGGUCCUGAGCUUCCUCACCUCUGCGGCCGUCAGUUUCCCCAACGGCGUCCAGGCCCGGACCAUCUUGUGCCUCAAGACCGCCAGCCUCGUGGCCCUGGUGUGCUUGCGGAUCGGGUCCGAGAUGGUGCAGCAGCAUCUGAGCGGCCCCCUCCGGGUCUUCUUUGAGGCCUUCUCGCUGCCGCCCCUGCCGGAGCCGGGCCCGGCGCCAGAGCCCUCCCCGCCCUCGGACCCGUCCGCCCAAGGGGAGCUGCGGAAGGUCUUCGGCCCAGAGAUGGCGUACACCACCUUCGUGCCCUUCUCCUGCCUGCUAGGUGACGUGAUCCACACCGUCGUCCCGAACCACGCCUUGGUGGGCCAGCUGGCCAGUGUCUACCUGGAGAGCGUGAGCCCCCAGAGCCCGGCCCCCCGCGGACAGGGGCCCGUGCUGGGGGGCCCCUCCUCGGAGCCCGGCGCCCCGGAGCAGCCGGACCCUUCCUGCGGCCCCUGCGAGGACCCCCACUCGGGCACCUUCGGGGGCGUGCUGGUGGGCAACCGCAUCCAGGUGCCCCCGGAGGCCCCACCGGAGACCGCCGCCGCCGCCGGCAGCCCCGGCGGCGCCCUCCGCCCCCCGCCGGGGGCGGGGGCGGAGCACGCCCUGAGGCAGGAGCUGCCCCGCACGGCCCGCCUGCUCUGCGGGAACUGGCUGGCCUACUGGCAGUACGAGAUCGGGGUCAGCCAGCAGGAGAGCCGCUUCCACUUCCACCAGAUCCGGCUGCAGAGCUUCGUGGGCCACCUGGGGGCGGUCAAGUGCCUGGCCCCCUUCGGCGGCGAGGACUUCUUCCUGAGCGGCGGCAAGGACAAGACGGUCCGGCUCUGGCCCCUCUACAACCGGGGGGACGGCACCCACGAGACCCAGGCCCGCCUGGCCUACGCCCAGCACCGCAAGUCCGUCUUCUACGUCGGCACCCUGGAGGUGCCCCAGCAGGUGGUCAGCUGCGACGGCACCGUCCACACCUGGGACCCCUUCACGGGCAAACUCCUCCGCACGUUCGACGCCCCAGACAGCAAGGCGCCCAUCACGGCGGUGAGCGCCAUGCCGCCUCCGUACAGCAGCAUCGGCGUGGCCAGCGCCGACUCCGUCCUGCGCUUCGUCGACUACCGGAAGCCGGGAUUGCAGCACGAGUUCCGGCUGGCCAGCGGGGCAAAUGCCGGCCUCAUCCGUUGCCUGGCGGUCAGCCCCAGCGGGCGGAGCAUCGUGGCAGGCUUCUCCUCCGGCUUCAUGGUCCUGCUCGACACCCGGACGGGGCUCAUCCUGAGGGGGUGGCCGGCCCACGAAGGGGACAUCCUGCAGGUCAAGGCCACCGAGAACAACGUGCUGAUCAGCUCCUCCUCCGACCACUCGCUGACCGUCUGGAAGGAGCUGGAGCAGAAGGCCCUGCACAGCUACAAGUCCGUCUCGGAGCCGGUCCACGCCUUCGACCUCUACGGCCACGAAGUGGUGGCGGGCACCGUGGCCAACAAGAUCGGGCUCUACUCGCUGCAGGAGUCGCUGCCGCCCAGCGUCACCAAGCUGAGCUCGGAGAACUUCCGGGGCACCUUGACCAGCCUGGCCGUCCUCCCGACGAAAUGCCACCUGCUCCUCGGCUCGGACAAUGGCGUCGUCCGGCUGCUGGCGUAGCGGCUGGCCCCUGCCCGCGUGUGGCGUGUGCUCCCUUUUUGGGGAGGGCAGCCCAGCCAGUGGCCGGCAGCCCCCUUGUGUGUGUGGGGGGAGUGGGUGUGGCCAGGGGGCGGGGGCGUGGCCCAACCCUCCACCUCCACGCCCCGCAGCCAUAAAGAGCGGAGGAGCCUUCCCUGCCGUGAAGUUGGCUGCUGGGCAGCCUGUGGUCCGACUCCUCUUGUCACCUCAUGUGCCUGACUCUCUUGGGGACCCCGGGGGGGGGUCUUUCCCACAGGGACCCCCCUGCUGAGGGGCCCAAAGCACCCUCCUCCUCCUCCCCUUCCCCCAGCAUGUGGCAUUCCUGUCCUUUCAUCCAGGGCUUCCCCCACGGUUGCUGGACCACAACUCCCAUCAUCCUCUGCCCUCACGGGAUGAUGGGAGUUGUCGUCCAGCAGUAUCUAGGGGCCCCAGGCUGCAUCCGCCCUCCGGGACCUGCCCAGCGCCUGAGGUGUGGGUGCACCCCCCGGCAGGACUUGGUUUUGCCCGGCGCACUUUGUGGUCCAAUUCAGACGGCCCCGUUGUUCGGAAGGGCCGGGGUCGGGCUCUGCUCCUCUCCCUUGACAGGGGGGGCGUUUUUCAUGGAGGGCUGGGGGG